AUGGAGAAUCCCAAUCGUGGCUACAUGGACGGCGGCACGCCUCAACUCACGGAUUUUCCAGCCGAACUCUUGCAGGAUGUCUGCAACUAUCUACCGCUCAACGAUAUCAAGAAUUGGUCCUUUGUUAACCGCCAUUUCUACGUGCAACUACUUCCAAUCCUACAUCGCAAAGAUUCUACGCAAGAACACCAAGCCGCUCAGUGGGCUUGCCGAUAUGGCUUCACUAACGUCCUCGAUCGGGCUCUGGUCGCCGGUACCGAUGUAAACCACAUAUUUCCUCCUCUCGGUGUUGAUACGAUAGGUGUUGAUCCUACGUAUCCACUUCGUUACCUAGAAGUCCCAGAACAGUUCCCUAUGCUCCUACACAUUGCGACAUACUACGAUCAAAUCGAGGUCAUGAAGUUCCUCAUCUCACGCGGCGCGAAUAUAAAAGCUGCGAGCAUUUCCCUGCACGUCGAGGCCAGUUUUUGGGAACCAAUGGCUCACGCCCACAGCCCCAAAGCUGUGAAGCUUCUUAGGCCAGAUGUGGCUGACGAUCCCACCCUCUUUGUUGCUCUUUGGCAAAUGGUGAAAGACUGGGCACCCAUCUCCGUCAUAGGAACUACGCUGGGCCAUAUUCGCGAUUUGAAGUCACUAGUCGUGACUAGAGACGGUAAAGAGAUGACAGAGAAAAUGAUCAAACUAGCCACUGGCCAAUUUCGACCAGAAGUAUUGGACCUAUUUCGCCGACGACAAAUCACCUGUGAAGAUAUAAUCUUCAGUCCCAACUAUGUGAUUUACGAGACCCUUCAAGCAGACGUUCAACCUACGAACGAAACCCUGAUCCACAAAACCAUUGAUAGUAUCUUCCGAUUGUCGAGCCGAAAGCCAGAAGAAUAUAUCGAAGAACACCCGGACAACAGUUUUUACGAAAGUUGGCGUGAAGUUUUAGGCAACGCAUUGCUCUUGCGUUCGAUGCAUCAAUGGGUACCAGCAAGCGUCCUCAAACGGUUUCUAGACCUAGGCGUAGACCCCAGCGACAGGUAUGGAUGGCCAUCAUACCUAGACUUCUACAUACGUCUAGAGGAGCGACAUCCUAGUCGGAGGGUAGAAGUCCCCCUCAUCAUGCAUUCACUGUGGCAACAUACCGGCACAGCUUUAUGCUACGCUCUGGCUAUAACGCUCAUGAAGUGGACGGCCAAUCACCAAACAGGUAUCCGGGAAAAAGCCCGUUUGAUGCUUGAUUACGGGGCGGCAUUUGAAACCAAAGGACACCCGGUAUCCUUUAUUCUAUCGACGGUUACUUGGCCCUAUUCCACGCAGCAAAUCAUAACCCACAUCUCGAGACUCUGCGGGGUUCGCGUCUUUGGCCUAAGAAACAAGUACGGCGAGACCCAUCUCUCUAGCCUGCUGUCAUGGCUGACAAGUACCCCACGAAAUGGUGCGAUGUAUGCAACGCAAAUGCCGAUAGAGCAAUGGGCCUGGUCGAUUGCCCGUAUAGCUCAACAGCUACUCGCGAUUGACCGUUACAGAAACCAUCUCUUAGCAAGACCUACUGACGGUCCCUGUAAGGGACUUCUACCUAUCGAGGUCAUAGUCAGACACAAGCUAUCGGCCGGGUGCCGCCAAGACUCCGAUAUGUUCUUUCGUUGCCAGUCAGGACUUGAUGCCAUCAUGGAUGUGUUACUAUACCACGGCUCCAGGAUCGACACAAGGGAUUAUGAGGGAAGAAGCCUUAUCCAUUGGGCGGCGAAGCUCAGCGACAUGAGGCGCCUCUGUUAUCUCCUUUACAAGGGCGCAAAUGUCACUGACCUCGACAUGCAUAAUUUUACCCCGUUGCACUUCGCAUGCCAAGUCGACGUUGAAGAUGUAGACCAAGAUGGGGUGAUGGCUCAGAGUCGAAGACGGCUCAAUAUCGUCCGAAAGCUCUUGUGGCAUGGCGCCACUCUCGACGCACAAACUGACGACGGACGAACACCCCUUUUCAUCGCAUGCCAGUCGCUGGAUUGCAAACUGGUCUCAGAGCUCCUACGUCACGGGGCAAAGAUGCUUAAGGACAAGUACGGUCGAACUCCCUAUGACGCAGUUUGGCAAGCCGAACAGAAGUACAUGGACUAUCAACGCGGAGCGAUAGGAGCCUUGUCCUGCACUCUGUUCCAGCACGGAGACGUAGACUACUGCUACAACCCCCGAAAAGAAGUCAUCGACAUACUCGAUGGUCCCGGCCUUAGAACACAUCACGGAUUGAUAGGCAGAGACAUCGAGCCGCCCUCUCAACUCGACUGGGUGGGUUUCGCCUAUGCAGACAGAGAUCCGCAGAAUCCAGCAACCCCGCUCGAGUGGUGUAACGAGAUUUCGUUCGACAUAGUAGGUGACUGCGAGAGGGCCGUUUUCCUUACUAACUUCGACGAAUUUCAAAGUGAUGAUGAAGGUGUAGAUGAUGACGACCUAUAG